AUUAGUUUUAAUUAAGGUGUUUAGUUGAAUUUUGACUUGGACAGGGACAGGCAGGUUUUUGAAAGUGAUAUUGAAAAUCCUUCAAUAAAAAUCCACAAACGAAUGUAUCUUCGUGUUUAACUACAAAACGGGAGUUUAAUUCUAUUUAAUUGUUCAUCUGGAGUUUAAUUCUAUUUAUUUGUUCACAUCAGAAGUGGGAUUUCUUGGAAUCGGACAUUGAACUUUAGUUUUCAAAUCAUUUAUUUUGAUAAAAUUCACUUUUUGGUUAAAAAAAAAAAAAAAAAAAAAAUUACGUCUAAUUGUGCGGACUCUAGUGCGGGAACUGAAAAUAUAGUGUGAUAGUGCCAUGUCGAAACGGAAAAGGCGAUACUCAAGCUCGAGCAGUAGUUCAAGCUCAAGCUCAAGCAGCUCAUCUAGUAAUGACAGUGACAGUGAAAGAAAAAAAAAUGUUAAGAAGAAAAGAAUCAUGAAUAGAGCAAGUAAACGACGUACUCGUAGUCCAGCAACACCGCCGUUGCCUUUUCCGAAAACCAUGUCGUCUGGCUCUGUUAGCGAAGAGGGAGCAAAUACAGGUUUGAUAGAACUAAUUAAUAGUUUGAAAAGAGAUCAAAUUCCCAAAUUUGGCAUGUCUGUAAAAGAUAACGAUAUCCCUAAGUUUAAUCCACUGCAUGACGAUAUUAGUGAAUGGAUUGGAAAAAUUGAUGAGCUAGCAAAUGUUUAUAAGUGGAAUGACAUAAAUAUUUGUCAUCUGGCUAUCAACAAAUUUACUGGGCCAGCGGAAACAUGGUAUAAAAGUCUCCUUAUUGUUCCAAAAACUUGGUCAGAAUGGAAAAUUUCACUUCUUGAUACUUUUCCGUCCUCUCGCGAUUUGCAUAAUCUCAUGGAAAAAAUGAUCGCGUACCGGUGUAAAUCAGAGAAAAACAUUUUUGAAUACUGUUUCGAAAAAUUAGCUCUAAUAAGGAAAAUGAACUUAAACUUAAGCGGGUCUGAUGAAGUGGAUUUGAUUGUGGGAGGUAUAAAUAACCACAGUAUCAAGUUUUCCGUUCGUGCUGCGAAUAUCAAUGACCCAUCAAAGUUAGCUGCCUAUUUGAAAACUUUUGAAUCUGGAUUGCAAACUGAAAAUAAUUCUGAACCCAUACCUGGUCCUUCAGGAGUCACACGUCCUUCUAAAUCCUAUGUUCCAUCUCAGCAAACAAAGGCAAAUAUUAUUUGUUUUAAAUGUAAUCGAACAGGCCAUAAACAAUCUCUUUGUCCUCUUAAUAACAAGCCUUCACAUUUCAGUCGAGAUUUCAAUUUACACUGCAAUUAUUGUAGGAAGAAAGGACAUACUAUAGAACAAUGUUUCAAGAAGAAUAAGAAUAACUUUGAUUUUGACCAAAACAAACAGCAAAAUAAUUCCCAGGGACCAAAAAAACAGGUGUUUCUGGUUUCUGCACAGGAGGCAAAGAACAAAUUUUAUAAGAAAAUUGAAAUUAAUGGUGUGUCAGCAAAUUGUUUUAUAGAUUUUGGUAGUGAAUGUUCACUCAUUACCUACGACAUGGUUAAAAAACUGAAAUUGGAAAAUAAAAUGGAAAAAUUUGGAACAAUUUUAACAGUUUUUGGCGGGUUUGAAAUUAACGUCGAAGAUAAAGUAUUAUGCAAUGUAUGUAUUGACAAUGUUGACCUGGAAGUAGAAUUUUUAUUAGUCGAGUGCUGUAUUCCCACUAUUGAUAUUGUAGUUGGACAGGAUUUCACUGAAAACUUAAACAUUUCAUAUUCACGAACAGGAUCAAAAUUAAAUUUCUAUCCUGCUGCUCGCACGGUUAAUUUGAUUUCAGCCCAGAAUGCUACACAAAUCUUAUUAGGAUACCGUACAAGUUCGCACCAUUUCGAUUCAGUGGAAGAAGACGACCUCGUGAAUGUUGCUGAAUUGAGAAAAUUGGCCAUCGAACAGAUUUCUAAACAACAGGAAAAACAAAAGUUACAGUUUGACAUUCACAGAGCAAAGCCGGUUGCUUUAUGUUUGGGAGAUUUAGUUUUGGUCAAGAUUUCAUCAAUUGUAAGCUCUGGUACUAGUCGAAAGUUGGUAGCUAAAUGGAAGGGGCCAUUCAAAGUCAAUAAGAUAUUGGAUAACGAUCGUUAUGAGGUGUGCGACGUUCCAGGAUCUCAAAGAUCAAGACUACCAUACUGUGGAGUUUAUGCAGCAGAGCAUAUUAAACCAUGGGUUACCUACUGUGAUGGGCCCUGA